AUGCUUUCAUCCCUGAAUUCAAAGAGUUUUCAGCACUUGAAGGAUCGAGGCGAGGAAGCAUAUCCAGAUGAGAACUGUGCAAGAGAAAUCAUGCAACUAUUUUCUAUUGGCCUUCAUAGGUUGAAUAUGAACGGAACCGUUCAGCUUGAUGAAGAUGGCAAACCGCUUCCUACUUAUGGCACUGAAGAUAUCUUGUCAUUUGCAGGGGUAUGGACUAGUUUUAAACAGCAAGAACGACGUGGCAACUAUGAACAUGAAUUUUCUCGAGUUGACCCAAUGGCCUGCCAUAUCUCAAUUGCUUUCUGUCUUCAUUUACUCACAACAAGUCUUCAUAUUGUUUUGGAAUGCGACAGUUGCUGGCACGAUAUAUUCCCCAAGUCCGAUCUUCAUGGAGGUUUCAUUGGUGAUGGUUAUCCACUCUGUGUUAACAUGGAGAAAACACUCUUGAAGAAACGUGCAGUGUACAGAUUACUUGGCUCUCGUCCGUCACCUGAGCUACAAGAAGACCCAGCGUCAUGGGCUGCAGAUUCGGAAAUCCAGAGAUUGCGGCUCGAUGUGACGAGUCCCUUAUUCAAGCAACUUUGUGCUGCGCACAACUCGGGUGUGGGUUGCUCGUUUCCCGGAAAGGUUGUCUUGCAAAAAGACUUGGAAUAUGGCCUCUUCCAAGAUGCAGCAGAAUUGAAGGUUGAUACCUUGAGGACCAUACAGGCUCAGUUGGAUACUGUCCCUAUAUUUUACGAAUACAUUGAGCCCAUUUGCGUAAACCAUGCAUUCUUCAACGAUCCGAAGCGAGUGUUGGCCGGUGUAGGAAGAAAUGGGGAAGCGAUAUCCAUGAUGUGCGCAGAUCCACUCCAACCCGUGGCGACGGAGAACUGCUGCAACAAGGCCUCAAUUGACAGUUCUCGUGUUCCAUUUGGAAGAAUGAAUUGCAAGUACAAUGGGGAGCGAGUCAAAUUUGUAACCAACCUACAGCGGUGCAACUCCAUUGGUAUGGUGGAUUUGGCCCGCAUGUUAGUUGAGCGUUCUGGUAUCUGCAGCAAGGAUAUUGACAGAAUACAACAGCGCCGAUUCCUUAUGUACAGGUGGUCUAGGGGGUGUUGUUCUAUUCAUAUUAAAGUUGCAGAGAACGGCAAUAUUGCGAGUGUUCACGAUCCAGAGCCUGACCGGCAAGGUGAAAAGUCUGUUCCAAAUGGGUUGCACAAGGGUAAUAAGAAUUUCUUCAAGGUUCCAUGGGAGAACAAUGCAUUUCCUUCUGCUUCGAUGGGAUGCAAUGACUCUAAUGAGCAGUGUAUUCUGUCAGGUUCACACUGCAUUUGCAAAACCAGUGUACAAGAAUCAGUAGGCUUUCAAUCAGCGAAUGCAUUUAGCAGCGAUGUUGAUGUAGCGAUUAGGAGUAGCUAUUUGUUGGUGUCCAAGAUCCGCAAGACCUUGUCUCCACUUACUUGUGACAACUUUGAUGAGGAUAAUAUUUUUGCGCUUGUGGACUCAUCCAAACAGAUAUUGUAUCGGAAGAACAUGGUGUCAGCAGUCAGCGUUGGGGAUGUGUACCUCUUUCAAAAUCCAGUCAGUUUCUCGAACUUUGUCAAGCCAACAUUGUGGGAUGCUUAUGCUGAGAUGGAUGCGGCCAUUGAGCAUUACUUGCAUCACCCAAGCCAUCCGCCCUUCCUUGCAACCAUGAUGCUUUGA